AUGUGCGUGUUGUCCCCUGUCUACUCACAGAUGCUGAGAGCGGUGGUGGCACCGCCUUAUCCUCAGGCUGUCUGCCUGGCUGCAACGGUUGCUGGCUGGGCCACCCAGUGUUGCGUUCUUGCUCCUGCACGUCAUGGAUUUUGUGGCGUCACCAAACCACGCGCACGCGCACUGCACGCUCAGGGUGGGGAUGUCAGUUCUUUGUUUUCAUCUUAUCGAGUUUCAUCCGGGGGUCAACCCUUGAGUGCUUCGUUUUGCUUGUACUUCCCUGUAGGCCUUCUGUUCGGAAGUUGCGAGGGUCGUGACUUCUUGUUGGCGCUGCCUGAAAAUGGCAUGCUUCCUCCAAAUCUGCUGUGCAAGGCUGACAUGCAGCACAACAACGAUUCCAGCAAAGUUGAUGGUUUGGCAGGAAAGUGCUUCUACCUGGAGGUGUUUGGGGAGAGUGAAGGGGAGUGAGGAGAGGAAACUGGACUGCCCGGA